CAAAGUUCUGCUUCCCAUGUGAACGGUGGUGUUUUGUAUUCCGCGUCCGAUCGUCUGCACCGAUUCCUUUCGCUACGCAGAAGAUUUUUUAUAAAGAAAAGAAAAAACUUCGCAGACUCAGCUCUUUUCGUUGGCUUCAGAAACAGAUUUGAUUUUGGAAAAGUAAUUUUUUGCUGGCAUCUCACACAACGAACGCCCCGAAAAUCAGUUGCUGGGCAACCCCUACUAAAGAACGGAAAAUCGAAAAGGGAGGAGGACCCACUGAAACUUACACGCAACAGCGUCUGUAGGAUGAGCAAUGCAGGAGUCGACGGAGGAGGAGGAGGCGGUGGAGGAUCGGGUGCCGGAUCAGGAUCAGGAUCGACAACAGUGCCGCCCACCACGCCCCCACCCACAGGCCAUGGAUCCACGCGCCGCCUGAGCCACCUGACGGGCAGUGGCCGUUCGGGAGGAGCCGCCGCCAUGGGCAAUGUGGUGGGCUGGCUGAAGCAGGCUUCCAUUGAGGUGCGAGACGCCGGCACACGAACUUUGUCGAUGCUGCAGAGCAGCAACCCGAAUUUUCGAUCCCUGGACCUAUCUCUGGGCACGCCCACACCAACCACACCCACCUCCAGCGAAAUUCCAGCUGCUCCAGCCAGUGCCACCGCCUCGUUAAGUGGCUCCACGCUGCAAUUCGGACCGGAGGAAUCAGAGGAAGGAUCCGCUGCCGGAGGAAGCGAAUCGCUGACGCCACUUAAUGCCAGGGAGCUCCUGACGAGACCCACACGCGCCUACGCCUCCGUCAGCCAGCCCCAAAGUCCAAGACAUCGAGGAUCCGGCGGCGGGACCGUUUCCGGAUCUCGAAUCAUCACACACGGCCUGACCGGACGCUCCACAUCGAUAUCCUCGCAGCUGGAGAAGACCAAGAAGCUGCUGAAAAUGACCGAGGGCGAGGACAAGCCGCUGACCAUUUUGCACUACAACGAUGUCUACAACAUUGAGUCCAUGGCGGAAACGGAGCCUGUUGGAGGGGCAGCCAGAUUCGCCACGGCCAUCAAGAGCUUCGCGCACCUGAAUCCGCUCGUGCUUUUCAGCGGUGAUGCCUUCUCGCCGAGCAUGUUGAGCACCUUUACCCAGGGUGAACAGAUGAUUCCUGUGCUUAAUUCGGUGGGAACACAUUGUGCCGUCUUUGGCAACCACGAUUUUGAUCACGGCUUGGAUGUGCUGGUAAAACUGAUCAAGCAGACGGAAUUCCCCUGGCUCAUGUCCAAUGUGGUGGACAACGAAACCGGUCGUCCAUUGGGCGGUGGAAAGAUCUCGCACUUCAUACUACACAAUCAGAUAUCCAUUGGCUUAAUUGGACUGGUGGAGCGGGAGUGGUUGGAGACCCUGCCCACCAUCGAUCCAAAUGAGGUGACCUACAUCGAUUACGUGGAGGCGGGAAAUAAGCUGGCCCGCGAGCUGAGAAACGAGGGAUGUGACCUCAUCAUUGCCCUUACCCACAUGCGUACUCCCAACGAUAUUAAUCUGGCCGAGAAGUGCAGCGGCAUCGAUAUUAUUCUUGGUGGUCACGAUCACGUCCGCGAGGUGACCGAAAUCAAGGGCAAAAUGAUCGUCAAAUCGGGCACGGACUUCCAGCAGUUCUCCGUCAUCACAAUCGAGCGGGAUGCCGCCAAUCGUGAACACUUCACAACGGACGUCAAGUGCUUUGAUGUGACGGCCAAAAUUCCGGAGGAUCCGGAGCUGAAACAGGAGCUCUCCAAAUAUGCCAAGUUCAUCGAGAGCAAGCUUUCGGAUAUAAUGGGCAUCUUCAGUGUGGAAUUAGAUGGCCGUUUUUCCCGCGUGCGGACCCAGGAAACAAAUCUGGGCAACUGGGUGUGCGACGUAGUGUUGGCCGCCGUCGGAGCCGAUGUGGUUAUCUUGAAUGGCGGCACCUUCCGUUCGGAUCGAGUGCAUCCGGUGGGUGCCUUUACCAUGGGCGAUCUGGUAAACGUUAUCCCCAUGCGGGACCCACUGAUCCUGCUCGAAGUCAAGGGUAAAAUACUGUGGCAGGCGCUGGAGAAUGGAGUUUCUGCCUAUCCCAAGCUGGAGGGAAGGUUCCCUCAGGUGUCCGGCAUCAGUUUUGCCUUCGAUCCGCAGGCGGAGCCCGGCAAACGUAUUGACCCGCAACUUAUCCAGGUGGGUGACGAGUACCUCAACCUAGAACAGUCCUACAAGUUGUGCGUCAAGAGCUACAUCUUCAUGGGGUGUGAUGGCUACACCAUGUUCAAGGACGCAACUGUGCUGAUGGAUGAUGAUGCUUGUCCGGAGUUGGGAAUUACCCUGCAGAACCAUUUCAAGGCCAUCAAUUCCAGAAAGUGUGGACAAAACACUAAGCACCGCCAGUCGCUGGUCACACUUUCCCGGAGGCAUAGCCUGGUGCAGUGCUUGGAUAGUAUGGAUCUGGAUGGCCCAUCACCCAUCCGCAAAUUGUCCGUGGGUCACCACAACAAGUCGAUGGACUUGACGCAUGGCAAUUCUCAGAAGAUGCUGCGACGUGCGUCAUUGGAUGACCUGGAGCAGUCCACCUGCGAUUUGGCGCCUCAAUUGGAGCACCGUAUCGUUAUGAUACAAAAUGAAGAACAUCACCGACAGUUGCUGUUCAAAAAGGAGACGCACAUAAUGAAUUCAACAAUCACCGAAGCCGAGGACGAUUACAAGAAAAUAAGACAACUUAAUUUAGGGGCAGGUACCGAUGUGGAGAGAAAUAUUUGAGUAGGGGUUAGGCAAAAGCAAAGCGAAGAUAUACCCUUUAGCUAGUUAGAUAGUUGGCAGAUCUGUGGGAUCGUGUCCUAUAUUAUUACCGUUUAUUGUUAAAGCUCCUCUGUUUUUUCGGCUAAGUUUUGUUGUGAGCGUUUGUAAGACUUCCCCAGCGAUGUACGAGUAGUAUGAACAGGAUAUUGAUAUUGUAUAUGUAUACCUAAAGCUUACCGCUAGUUUAAUUUACAUUUAAUUAGAUAAACUGAUUUACACCAGCAA